AUGAGUUUCUUCAAGUACGGCUCUGCGUUACUGCUCAUUCUUGUGGCCGUCGGCGAAUCUUUGAUAAUACCUAGAUCAACGGUCCCGGUAACUGAUUAUGAUGUCUUGGUGAUUGGCGGUGGGCCUUCAGGGCUCAGUGCCCUGAGUGGCCUUGCCCGAGUAAGACGUAAGACGUUGAUGCUUGAUUCUGCAGAAUACCGCAAUCAGAAUACAAGACAUAUGCACGAUAUUAUUGGCAAUGAUGGCAAGUCUUCUCAUCUUGAAUUGAGCCCUAACAAAAGUGCAGGCACUGUCCCCGCGGUAUUCCGCUAUAAUGCUAGGGAGAUGAUAGCGAAAUAUCCCACAGCGUAUAUGAAAAAUGCAACAGCUACGUCGAUUGUCUCGGUCAACAACGGCUCAUCGUUCGUCACGACCGAUGCCAAUGGUACGACCUACUCCAGCCGCAAAAUCAUCCUUGCCACUGGCCUCAGCGACGUUCUCCCAGACACGCCAGGCGUCAAAGAUGCGUGGCAACGAGGCAUUUUUUGGUGUGACUGGUGCGAUGGAUAUGAGCAUCGUGACCAAAGCUUUGGCAUCCUUGGCUCCAUCGUUGAUGCCGUCGGUAGUGUCAUAGAGUCGGAGACGCUUUUUCACGACAUCAUUGCUUUCGUAAAUGGGACCUACACGGAUGAGAAUGUUGCGAUCUUGGACAAGAACCGUCCAGGCUGGGUCACAGAACUCCAAGGGUACGGGGUAGUCAUCAACAAUGCAAGCAUCAAGAGCAUUGACCGAAUCCAAGAUGGAGCGGUAAUACAUAACGUGACCACUGACACGGAAUAUGACAAGUUCAAAGUCACCCUUGCCAACGGAAGCUCCAUUGAACGGGACGCUUUCCUCACCAACUUCCCCUCCAUUCAACAUUCGACUCUCGGCUCAUCACUUGGAGUAGAAGUCUACGGCGAGAAAAUGAUUGUGAACCCGGACAGUAUGAGAACCGCUGCACUUGGCGUCUUCGCAGUGGGCGAUGCAAAUAGCGAUAAUGCCACAAACGUGCCACACGCAAUGUACUCUGGCAAGAAAGCUGCUGUUUACGUACAUGUUGAGAUUGAGAAGGAACAUGCCGCAACAUUUCUCCAAAAACGAGAAGCAGAGAACAUCCAUGAGAGAAUGGGACAUGACUUGGAGGACCUGUGGAAACGGUUAUCGAGUGAUUGA